CGUUCCCACUCCCCAUCCCAACUCUCCCAAAUCAAAACCCAGAAAGAACGAACAAAGGGGAAACGACAAGCCCAAGACAAAGGGUAAAGGAACCUUCAACUUCGGUAUUUCGAAUUGCUGCCCACUCAAGAAUCUGGCAAUCCAGUUCGUUGUGGGGCCCUUCAGCUGACUUGUAAGCAAGGGCCAUUUCCUACUGCACAUUCCCUCAGCAGAAGCAGGGCAGGGAAGAGAAGUGAACCACCUCUUGUUAAUUUUUAGGCAUAUGGAUCGAGUGCACGGGAAGGAUUUGGUGGACGAUAAAAUAGGCGAGUAUGUGCACAUAAGAGAUCCCGAGGACCCUGAACUGGAAAUAUUCGACAAGCCCCUUCCUUUUUGUGGCUGUGGAAUCGGAUGGUUUUCUUUCUUGCUUGGAUUUGUCUUCCCAUUGCUGUGGUACGCAUCAACAAUCCUCUACUUUGGGAGCUACUAUCACAAGGAUCCAAGGGAGAGAUCAGGUCUCGCUGCAUGCGCAAUAGCUGUCAGUAUUUCUACUCUCUCAUUUUUCGCGUUCCCAAAGUCGAGAGAAGAGAAUACCAAGGAUUAUUUUCUUACAUAAUAGGACUUCUGAUCCUCAAGUGUACCCAUUGUUGCAGGCUCUGGUAUGCACGAUAGCAGUGGCGAUAGCUUUACUAGUUAUUUUGUUGUGAAUCAAUGCUGGUAAAGAUCAAACCUUUCUCUCUGCAUUCACCUACUGGAAUACAAUGAUGGUGACUGAAAAUGUGUUAGGUAGCUGUUGAUGGGAUUUAGAAUAGGACUGCUGGCUCCAUCCUACGUAUCAAGUUUACUGUACAUAACCUUGGAGGUUAUAGGGUUGGUGGAUGAUUGUUUAGCUGUUACUUACCCAUGUGAGGGAUUAAUUGACAGUCUGUUCGUUCUGUGUUUAACUGCAUGCUAUUGUCGUUUCACCUGACGCUAAUCUCGUGUAGUUUCUUCGGCAGUAAUGUUUAAACCGAAUGUCUUGCUGUUGUGAAGUAUUGUAAUAACUUCCCUUCUUCCUGUAGUUUUGUGGGUGAAAUGAGGAAAGCUGGCUGUUAGUAAUAGAGAAGGGAAUUAAUAUUUGUGAAGAUUUAUAUAUUUAACAGCUUGUUAGAUAACACAGAUUGAUCUUUCUUCUCAA